UUAUUUGUAAUACUCCAAAACUUAUACGAUUUGUCUAAAGAUUUAGGUAAUUCCAAUAAACUAGAAAAGUUUAAGAUAUUGUAUCGGUCCUUAGAAACUACAAAAAAAGAUUUAAAUGUAGUUUUAGAGGAAAUCGCGGAAUAUAGUUUGGAAGUUAAUGAAGAUUAUAAGCCAGAUUUUAAGGUUUUGAGUACUAUAGAUGAACUUUGUUGUCACAUUAGUAGGGCCGCGGAACGUUAUGUAAAAGUAAAGGCAGCGGCAAGGGAAGGCGCGCCGGCAACGGGGCCCUCAGUGACGGCGGCGGUACCCAAAUUACCGAAAAUUGAAUUACCUCUGUUUUCUGGGGAAAUCAGGGAAUGGGAAAUCUUUUAUUCAAUAUUUGAAAGUUUGAUUCAUGGAAAUAAGGAUCUAUCGGACGCCGAUAAGGUGCAUUAUUUGGUCGGGAGGCUUAAGGGUCCAGCUUUGGCGGUUUGCUCCGGAUUAGCUCCCACGGGGGAGAACUAUGAAAUCAUUUGGAAAGCGCUUCUCGAUAAAUACCAUAAUAAAAGAGUUCUCGCUAAUAGUUAUUUGGAACAGAUUAUAGACUUUAAGCAGCUUCUAUACGAGGCUUCAAAGGGCUUAAAUAUAUUCUUAGAAAAAUUUGAUGCGGCAGUAAAGGCUCUUAAGAAUUUCAAAUUAGUUGAUUUAACGGAUUUCAUUUUAGGCUAUUUAGCCUUAUCAAAAUUAGACCCGGCCACAGUAAAAUUGUUUGAAAUUUCUAAGCGAAAUGCGGAGCUUCCUAGUUACGAGGAUAUCAUAACGUUUGUAAAAGACUAG